AUGAAUGAUUUGAUGAGUUUUGGACUACAUGGGUUUUUCAAAGACAUUUUUGUAGAACAUUGUUUUACCAAAAUUUCUCUGAGAAUAAAAAGAGGAAAAAGCAAGGAAUUUUCUCAUGCUAACAUUUUAGAUGUAGCAGGAAUAACUGGAGAUAUUUCUUUUAUAAUUGUUAAUAAGUUCGGAAAGGAAUAUUAA